AUGGCUGCAAGUGUAGAGGAGGGAAAGAAGUUAAAAGCGGCAUGCUGUUCUCUUCAUCCAGAUAAGCCGAGGGUGUACCAGGGCGUCCGCGUGAAGACCACGGUCAAAGAGCUGCUGCAGAGGCACAGAGCCCGGGAGGCCAACAGCAAAAAGCUGAGACCGAUUGGACAGAUAUCCCAGGGCUGCUUGGAUCUCCAGGAUCUUUGCGCGACCACUUUUGCAAACGUAAAUCCGUCAGCUCGCUAUGUGGACCCCCCUCCGCCCAUCACUCCAGCUGAGCCGAGCAGCUGUGGCGCGCGAGCUCUCCAGCUGCGCACCGCCCAGUUCCAGGUUCCUGACAGCUCGUGCAGCAUCCAGAUGCAGGACGACGCAUUUAACCAAAUCCAGAAGCAGGCUGGGGACAUGGCGUAUCCCAGCACCUGCUACAGUGACAGCAGCAGCAGCGUCAUGAACAACAACAGCAACUACAGCAACUGCAACAACAUCGGUGGCGGCGGCUACGACUCCUGCCUGCCUCCCUCUCACUCCCUUUCGCUGCAGUGGCAUUAUGGACUCACCCCAGAGGCCGACCAUUAUGGGCAUGGGAUGGCUCCCGGCUCCCCGCCAGAGUCACGGAAGCUCUGCAGCCCCGUGGAUCACAACAGCUACUCGCCGCAGGACUCUUUCUCCUCCUCCUCCUCCUCCUGCUACGACUCGCCCACCAGGAUGGAGUCCAGCCACCACGGCUUCGCCUCAGAGCACUACCAGCACUGCAACCUCCAGGACUGUUACUGCCUGCCCCACUGUUGGCCAGGUCAGCAGGAGAGCUUCUCUGCUCCCGAAUACACGCCUUACCACAACCCCACAGACUAUCCAUACACUUGCACCGUGGAGGAGAACUAUUUAAUGAGGGAUUUGCAGAUCCCUGAGAUGUGCUACAAUGUACUAUGAUGAGAGCGUCUGCAGUAUGGUUUUGUCUUCUUGCUGUAAAUAUGAUUCUCUUCAGUGUGCUCUUACGGGCUUGUGCUGUGAUGGAGUGAAUAUGAUGAAUGCUGAAUAGAUUGAAAGGCUGAUAUUUUUGUAUCAAAUACUGUUUUUUACGACACUUCGAUUUAUUUUUCUACACACAACUUGUUGCUGUACUGAAUAAAAAAUGUGUUGAACUCAC